AUGCCUCUCUACCAGCCUACAGAUGUCAAUACCCCAGUACUUUCCCAGUUCUCUCUGAAGGGAAAGAUCGCCGCGGUGACCGGUGGUGCCCGAGGCAUUGGUCUCGAAGUGGUCCGUGGUCUGGCCGAAGCUGGUGCUGAUGUGGCCGUCAUCUACAGCACCAGCUCCGACUGCGUCGAGACUGCUGCGAAGAUUGCUGCAGAGACUGGGGUGCGCGUCGCGGCUUACAAGUCCGACGUCACUUCUCGAAGUGAGAUCGCUCUAACAAUCAACCAGAUCGCCGAGGGGUUCGGUAACGGUCGUCUGGACAUCGUUAUUGCUAACGCUGGUACAUGCACCAACCGACCUAGCCUGGGGUAUGAUGAGGAUAGCUGGGCGCGUGACAACCGCGUCAACUAUGACGGUGUUAUGUGGACUGCGCAGGCCGCAGGAAAGAUCUUCAAGCGCCAGGGCAAGGGUAACUUCAUUAUCACUGCCUCUGUUAGCGCUAUCCUCAUCAACAUCCCCCAGACACAGGUGGCAUACAAUGCCUCCAAGGCUGCGGCUGUUCACUUGGCUAAAGGUCUGGCCGUCGAGUGGGCUGACUUCGCCCGCGUUAACUGCAUCUCGCCUGGUUUUAUCAUGACCAAGAUGCUCACUCAACAACCCCCUGAGCUGUUCGAGAAGUGGAUGUCCAUGAUUCCCGGAGGUCGUAUCUGUGAUCCUGCUGAGCUCAAGAGUGCUUACGUAUUCCUCGCCAGUGACGCCUGUUGCUACAUGACUGGCGCCAACAUAGUUAUUGAUGGUGGCUACACUCUUCCUUAA